AUGGAUUUAAACAGCACUUCAACAUCAGUCACCUAUUUCAUCAGUUUGUAGGCAAACCUAAAUGUAGCUUUUUCAGGUGUUCACACACAUUGGGAAAAUGCCUGAAGCUGACGUACUGUACUCUGAUGUCAAGUUCACAAGAGCGAGGGAAAAAGGCAGCGAGACCACUUCCUUGCCACCUGACACCACUUAUUCCGAAGUCAAGCUCUCGAAAACUCAGCCACCCACGGAGCCUCGUGGCUCCCAACAAUCAGCAGUGCCAAAUGAAAGGUCAAAGGUCACAUCAGAGAGAGUGGCCCUGGUGCUUCUCAGUCUUCUCCUGGCAGCUGCUGUCAUUGCGCUUGGUGUUACCAUUCAUGAAAAUGCUCAAACCAUGAAAGAGCUCCAAAAGUUGAAGAAAAAUCUCACGGAUGAUUCAUGUCUGAAGUGUGAAACAGGCUGGGAGCAACAUGGAGGACAGUGUUAUUAUUUCUCCACCAGACGUUCAUCCUGGGAAGAGAGCAGAAGCUUCUGCCAAAGUGAAGGAGGAGACCUGGUUAAGAUAGACAGCAGAGAGGAGCAGAGUUUCCUGGAGAAAACACUGAGAGAAAAAAUGGACGUUGCUGACGACAAGUUCUGGAUCGGACUGACAGACUCAAAGACAGAGGGUGAAUGGUUGUGGGUGGACGACUCACCACUGAACACAAGGCUGAGUUUUUGGCUUAACAUUGAGCCAGACAACUGGACUGGGGAGGAUCCUGAUGGAGAGGACUGUGUGAGGAUGGGGGAGAAAGGAGGAGCAACAGAUCUGAAGUGCUGGUUUGAUAAAUCCUGCAAAGCAUCUCAGAAAUAUAUUUGUGAGAAAGAAGCAGAAACUGGAGAAUAUAUGGUCUCAUGUGUCUGAAAUCCAGUUAAGCCUGAGUUUAACAAUCUGUGACAUGAUGUUGGUUUUGACCUUGUAAACAUUUAAAGAUCUCCUCCAGACAGAUAUUAAAAAUACUUUGAAUAAUAUUUUGUGUCUGAUUUGUACAGAAUCAUUCAGCUUGUUAUUGAUCUUCUUUAUUUUUAUUACUUUCUUUUUUCUUUUUCUUUUUAUCUAUUUAACUGUAGAUACAACUGAUCCAACAUCUACAGUUUAUAAAUACAACAGAAACUGUGUUUUAACAUCUUUCAUUCAUUUUCUGUUUAAUGAAAAUAAACAGUCCCUGUCUAUUCAUGUCCUG